ACGCGACCGGCGCGAGCACGGCCCCAGUCGUGGCAGCGCAUUGGUCGGCGUAGGAGCGGAGCGGACACAUAGCCAGUAGAUCUCAGAAGUCCGCCACCAUGCCGUCCACCAAGAAGGGGUCCAAGAAGUCGUCCAAGAAGGCGGGAAGCAGCGUCUUCAGCUCUUUCUCGCAGGUGCAGGUCACCGAAUUCAAGGAGGGCUUCCAGCUGAUGGACAACGACAAGGACGGCAUCCUCAACAAGUCGGACGUCCGGAACGCCUUCGACAUCAUCGGCAAGAUCGUCACCGACAAGGAGCUCGACGAGAUGAUGAACGACGCCCCGGGACCCAUCAGCUUCACCAUGUUCGUCAACAUGUUCGCCGAGCGUCAGUCGGGCCCCACCGACGACGACGAGACGAUCCUGAAGGCCUUCAAGGCGUUCGACCGCGGCGACGGCAAGAUCGACUCGGAGGCGUUCCGGACUCAGCUGAUGGUCUUUGGUGAGAAGAUGACCCCCAAGGAGGUCGACGACGCCUUCGGCGAGAUGGAGAUCGACGACGACAACAACAUCGAGCUGGAGCCCCUGAUCGAGAUGAUCGUCGGAAAGGCGGGCGAGGAGAACGCCGAGGCGGCGCCCGCGGAAUAAACAAAACGACGCAAAUUGUUAUUGUAAGGCGCCGCGCUGCCACGACUCACCGGGGCCUUCUGCAUCGGCCCGUUCAGCUGACGGGUCGCAGGGACGGAGCUGUCCGGCACCCGGGCCCGGCCGGCUGUCUAAGGGACCCACCCUGCAGAAGAGCCGACCGCCCCGGGCGCCGGCCCGGCACGACUCACUGCCGGCGGCGGGGGCGAGGACGGGCGGCCGCCGCCGGCGCCGGACCCGCCGGUGCUCGCGGGACCGGCGCUGACCUCCGGCUGACCUGUCUGACCCCUCGGCUGACCUGUCUGACCCCUCGGCUGACCUGUCUGACCCCUCGGCUGACCUCGCGGUCAUGCCAGGCUGCCCACACCGGCACCCUGGGUCCUGAGUCGCGGGUGUUGUUACUUUGAUGGUUUCACCGGGUAUUCUGGUGGAGACUUGAUGCCAAAACGCGAUCAGUGACAUGUUCAAUAUACGGAUGUUGGUAGAA